AUGAGUUAUAAUCAUUUAAACAAUAACGAAGGGCAUCUUAAUCCCAAUAAUAUUUACAAUUAUCGAGAUCACACAGACGAAGAUGAUGAUGACCUGUCCAUUGAUUUUCUCCUGAAUCAACGUAGCCGUACACCUUUGACACUGGGGACUUAUAACUACAACACCAAUAACUCCACCACAUCGCUCAAUUUUCAACAACCAGAGCCGAUCUAUAGAAAUCAAACGAGAACUUCAAUAAGUGAUGCCUACUAUGAACGUCCACUUUUCGAUACUUCACAAACAAAUAUUGAAGAUCCCUUCAAUGAAAGUUAUGAAAUGAGAGAUACUUCAUACCAUGGUAAUAAUCUGUACAUGCAAUCAAAUGAUCCAUUUUUGGCAUCUUCACCACAGCCUUACAAUGCCAGUUAUAACCAUGCGUUUAUUCCACAUGUGUAUGAUGAGGAAGAUACUGAAGAGCAAGAAUACGAUCAACAUAUUCGAUAUGACCAGUUUGAAGGUGAUCAUUUGGAAUUAACUACAUUCAAAUAUGCUGAUGACGAAAGUAGGGCGGAUUAUACUCCGACUGAAAGAACUGUUCAAGAGGGAAGUGACGAAGAUGAUGGUACUGAGCAUUACGAAAAGGAAACAGCAGGUCCUACAAUAACUACCACAUCAUUUGGUGAUGGUGAAGGUUCUUUCGAAGAACCGCCUCCGCGUCAAGAAGUUCGUGCUAAGAAAAGAGGUGUUAUUUCUGGUUUGAAUGGUCAUUUGGUAUUGGAUUGUCCUGUUGCUGAUGAAUUGUUAUCAAAGUUCCCAGAUUAUAAACCAGGAAUGAAAUCUGGUGGGUUAUCAAGAGAGUUUGGGUUUAUGAGAUACACGGCUGUUACUUGUGGUCCUUCCAAUUUUUAUCGUGAUGCCUAUUUGUUGAGACCGGUGCAUUAUCCUAGACCAAGACAAACUGAAUUGAUGAUUGUGAUAACCAUGUAUAAUGAAGAUGAUAUCCUAUUAGCAAGAACUUUGAAAGGGGUUUUCAAGAAUAUCAAAUAUUUGGAAUCAAAGUCAAGAUCUUCCGUGUGGGGUAAAGACUCUUGGAAAAAAAUUGUCGUUUGUAUUGUUAGUGACGGUCGUACCAAGAUUAAUGAAAGAGCCCAAGCUUUGUUAGCUGGUUUGGGUGUUUAUCAAGAAGGUUUAGCCAAGAGUAGUGUUAAUGAUAAACCAGUGAAAGCUCAUAUGUUUGAGUAUACCACAAGAGUUGGUAUUUCCAAAGUUGACGAUGAUGUUGUCAAGUUAACCACAGAAAAAGUUGUUCCAGUUCAAAUGUUAUUCUGUUUGAAAGAACAAAAUACUAAAAAAAUCAACUCCCAUCGUUGGUGUUUUCAAGCUAUUGGUCAAGUUUUGGAUCCAAAGAUUGUUGUCUUGUUGGAUUGUGGUACUCAACCAUCUGGCCGAUCUUUAUAUGAAUUAUGGAAGGAGUUUGAUCGUGACCACAGAGUUGCUGGUGCAUGUGGUGAGAUUACUACAUCAUUAAAGAAAAGACAAAUGCUAACAAACCCGCUAGUGUAUGGUCAAAACUUUGAGUAUAAGAUUUCCAAUAUUCUAGACAAACCAACAGAAUCGGCAUUUGGGUUUAUUUCCGUGUUGCCAGGGGCAUUUUCUGCGUAUAGGUAUGUUGCCUUGCAGAACGAUGUGAAUAACAUUGGUCCUUUGGAAAAAUAUUUUAAAGGUGAGUUUUUGCAUAGUAGUGGUGAGUUGGAUCCUAAUGAUGAUGAAUUCCAGAUGAAGCACGAUAUGUUACAACAAGAAGCUGGUAUCUUCACGUCCAAUAUGUAUUUGGCCGAGGAUCGUAUUUUGUGUUUUGAAUUGGUUGCCAAAAGAAAUUAUAAUUGGUUAUUGCGUUAUUGUAAAUCAGCUAGAGCAGAAACUGAUGUUCCAGAAAGUUUGGCUGAGUUUAUCUUGCAAAGAAGACGUUGGCUUAAUGGUUCAUUCUUUGCAGCUAUUUAUUCAUUGGUUCAUUUUUACAAAGUUUGGCAUAGCGCCCAUUCAUUUGGACGAAAAAUAUUUUUACACAUUGAAUUUAUUUAUCAAUUCAUUAAUCUUGUUGUUUCCUGGUUUUCUAUUGGGUCAUACUUUUUGGUUUUCAGAAUUUUAACCACUUCAUUAAGUGCAUCAGAAUUGGGGUUUGCACCUGGAAAUGUGUUGUCUGUGAUUUUCUUGUGGCUUUAUUUGGCAUCCAUUGUGACUACAUUUGUAUUGAGUUUUGGUAAUAAGCCUAAAGGAACAGAAAAGUUUUAUGUGACUAUUGUUGUUUUCUUUGCCAUAUUGAUGGCCUAUAUGAUUUUUGCAGCUAUUUUCAUGGCUGUUCAUUCAAUCAAAGCACUUUAUGACUCGCAAACACAAAUUACAGUUGCGUUAUUCUUCCAGAAUGCUGCAUUUAGAGACUUGGUCGUUGCGACUUCAUCAACAUAUGCAUUAUAUUUUUUGGCAUCAUUUUUGUACUUUGAACCAUGGCAUAUGUUUACAUCUUUCAUUCAGUAUAUCUUGCUUUCCCCUUCAUAUGUUAAUGUUUUGAAUAUCUAUGCCUUUUGUAACAUUGAUGAUGUUUCAUGGGGUACCAAAGGUGAUGUUGGUGGUCAAACAUUGGAAAAAGUUAAGAUGAGAGAUGAUGGUACGUUCGAUGUUAGUGUUCCUAUUUCACAAGAAGAAAUCAAUCAAUCUUAUUUGAACCAAUUGGAAAAAAUUAGAGAACCAGCUCCGCCUCCAGAAAAAGCUACCGCUACAAGCAAUGAAGAUUAUUAUGCAUUUAUCAGAUCAAUGACAGUUUUAAUUUGGAUGGUCACUAACUUUAUCAUCAUUGCUAUUGUUCUUGCAACUGGUGGUUUAAACCAAUUUGUUAGUAUCACCAAUCUUGCCAAUGAAAAGAGUUCUAGAGCAGCUGUAUUCUUGACAGUCAUUUUGUGGACAGUUGCAUUCAUGGCAUUGUUCAGAUUUAUUGGAUGUGUGUAUUACUUGCUUUCAAGAAUGGGUAGAAGCAUCAAGAGAAGCGAGCACGCUACAAGAUGA